AUGUGCUAUACGCUACCUGCCUCUGAUAAAGUCGUUGCCAUCGUGUACACGGAUGCAACUGGGCGUGGGUGGAUAAUUGGUCGUACGGCGGACGGAAUGGGGCCAUCUCCCAUACUGCCUGAGAAGGAGCUUGAAAUCAUACCUGAUCUCGUUAUUCCAGUUUGGAUCGAGAAUUCAAACGAAGACGAUACUUACGGCGUCUUGAUGUUUGCACCAUACAAGGCUGUGUUUCUGAAAACGGGCACCGGAAACUUGGAUGCGAACCAACCUACGAAGGGGAAGGGAAAACCAAAGCCAAACCGAAACAAAUCUGAGGUCAAGGCAGAUAUUCAGGCGAGCAUAGUUACUAUUGAUGUCCCAUGGGAAACAUAUAAUGUUGGAGAUUCUUUUGGCCACUUGCACCUUGCAACAAUGUCCAUGGAGCCUCAAUUUGCCAUGUCUUGCAUGCUUCUGGGAGACGUCUCAGUUCCUUCAACACUUUCAUAUCUAUCAAACAACAUUCUUUAUGUUGGAUCUUUAUCUGGCCCGUCUCAAUUAGUGCGUAUUUUUGACGAAAUAGAAAGUCCAGAAGGCAGUGUAUCUCGUGGCAAGAAGAAACAACCUGAUGACGAGACUACUCAUCUCGAAGUGAUCGUGGAGCACAACAAAAACUUAGCACCCAUUCUGGACGCGACAUUGGUUGAAAUCGAUGGAUCGGGACAACCCCGUAUUGCUCUAAUCUCUGGAGAUGAAUCUGGAGGGUGGCUGAGCGUGGUACAUAAAGGAGCGUCAUUCCGAGAACUGGCAAUCCUGGACGGUUUGGGCCAUCUUGAGAACAUCUUUCCUCUUAAAAAAUACUUUGAUGAACGGACACAUUCGUAUUUGGUUGCUUCUACUACUACAUCCACAUACAUCCUAUCUCUUGCCGAUUCUUCCAUAUCUCUGUUGUCCCGAGAGGAGCUCUCUGGAAUCUCGCGAAGUGAAACAACUAUACUGGCCUCUAACGUCCCGCUCGGAGGAGUUGAUGCCGCUAUCCAUGUGACACCUCAGAAAAUUGUGCUUAUAGAUAUUAUUACGGGGAGGGCGAUUAGCUCCUGGAAACCACCCAAAGGAGAUAUCACGGCGGCAGCCUUGGAUACAUCAUCAUCAACCAUAUGUGUUGCGACCUCGGAGGGUCACCUGUUCUCUUUGAACAUACAGUCUGCCGGGCUCUUGCAAACAGGUGAAGUUAACUUCAAGAGCAAACCACAUUGGCAAAUAUCUUCCUUAGCGAUCAACGCCGGGAUAGUUGCUGCUGCAUUCUGGGGGUCAAAUGAAGUCCAGAUAUUUUUACUGCCUGGAUUGAAGAGGGUAGGGGAAUCAGUUAUUCAGGAGCCAUCCGCUGCUUCAGUAGUUUACCUCUCAAACUUCGGCGGCGAACUCGUGCCCAAUAUGCGGCGUGUAGUCCCACUGGGUGCCGGUCCUGUUCAUAUCACGACGGUAGCAGAGCCUUCCGAGGUUCGGGUCAUCGCUGCUGGGAAACAUUCAAUGGCUCUUUCGGUUGUAAACAAGCGCCUUUCAGUGUCCUCGUUGCCCCUAUCGGAUGUAUGCGCAUUGGCGGCAGUCAACGCACCUGGGAUAGGCCAUUCUAUUUAUAACCUCGGGAGCGAUACUCCUCUAUGCCUUGCACACCAUGAGGAACUAUCCAAGUAUGCAAUUGGAUGCGUGCGACCAAGAACAGAUGUGCUGGAAGAAAGGCAUUUUGUCCGAUUCCAUGAUGAUUCAACUUUUAAAGAUCUGGGCCAAUACAAGCUCAAGUACAGCGAAAUGGUCACGAGUAUUGGGGUUUACACACAUGGCGGAAAUUCAUAUAUUUUGGCUGGAACAGCAAUCAUCAAUCCAGGAGAGAAUGAGCCUCUAGCAGGAAGAAUAAUUCUAUUUGGGCAAGACGAAGAGAAUAUGAUCAAGUUCAAGGCGAGUAAAGAUGUAGAGGGUGGCGUAUCGAGCAUCAAGCAGCUUGGAGCAAGGAUCAUAGCAGCUAUUGGUCAUGGGAUCUAUCUCUAUAACCUUGGUAGAGGUGAAGUUACCAUAAGUGAUCCUGUCGCGAGAUGGGAAAGGGGAUACAUAGUGCAUGAUAUCAUCGUCCGCCCGAACAUGAUCGUUGUCAGCGACAGGCUUCGCUCUGUCUCAGUACUUCGUUUUAUAGAGCGCACCUCGACGCCAGAAUCACAUGAAGAGAUAGAGACAGAGGAGGAUUCAACAAUAUUGCAGUUUGAGACUGUAGCCAUGGAUAUGCAUGCAGUUUGGCCAACAAGUGUAGAGACGGAUGGAAAUAUCCUCACUUGGGAAUUGGAAGAUGGUAACCUUGAGCCAAGGGCCGCAUUCCAUACCGGCGAGAUUAUACACAAAUUUAUCGCUUCUACGGCAAAAUCUUCAGCGGGGCCAAGAACAGUUGCGAUCUUUGUCACAAACACUGGUCGAAUUGGGACGCUCUCGACAGUAGACGAUGCCGAUGCAUUACAACUAACGAGACUCGAAAUGAAACUUGGCGAUGCAAUCAAGGGCCUCGGUAAUAUAAAACAUCCCGAAUGGCGCGCGCCCAAGCUUCUCCACACAGGAACAAAACCCCCACCUCGACGAGGGGUCACGGAUGGAGACUUUAUCAAAAAGUUCUUAGAGCUUAGUUCUGAAGAGGCAAAGAGGAUCUUGUCUUCAGGAAGUGCUGCUGAAACAAUUGGGUCAAAUGAGGAAGCCCGGAUUAGAAGGUGUCUGGAUGCUAUUUCAAUGGAGCAAUGA